GUAGACCAGUUAAGUUUUCACUAUGAAGUGAAUCAUCUUUCUAAUAGACGAUCUUUGUUGAGUCCCCUCUUCCCCUGAGAGCACCGGCCGACCGACCCGUACACACUGACUCCACGCACUUCAGACGCCGAGCAGCGUUUUGUUCCAGCGUUUUGUGACAAAGUUGAGAUGACAACCAUCGGGCGACUGCGUAACUAAUGACACGUCUGAGCGACACUAUGGAGGAACCAGCCAUGUUACUUUGUUCGAAGCUCUUCCUCCAGCACAGACACAGACAGGUAGAAGUGUCUCUGACCAGCUGCGUUCUGGUCUGGAAGGAAGUUGAGAGGAGCAGAAAACGAAGCUCUGGCAUCGGCAACAGUGCUGCAACAGCACACAGCCAUGCUGUUCAGGUGUGUGAAAUAGUGGUUGUCCGCAAGACCGAAGAUGAUGACCAAGACAACACGGACACCAGGAGGAGUCAGAAAAAAGCCCAGCUGCAUCCCCAUGCAUUCACAGUUUCCUACAUUAGAAGAACGAGGCAGCACCAGUGGCGGUGUAGUGACGUUACUUUCCACUCUGCCAACGAGGGACUCUGCGAGCAGUGGAUCCAAGUUAUCAAUGAGCAACUGUCGUUACUCACCAACCGACCGAAGAGCCUCCUGGUGUACAUCAAUCCCUACGGGGGGAAGCGGUGCGGGAAGCGCAUUUACGAGCAGAAGGUGGCUCCGCUGUUUCGCCGCGCCUGCAUCUCUGCCGACGUGAUUGUUACAGAGCGAGCCAAUCAUGCCAGGGACCACUUGAAAACGGAGGCCAAUCUAGAUAAAUAUGACGGGGUGGUGUGUGUGGGUGGAGAUGGGAUGUUCAGUGAGAUCCUGCACGGGCUGGUCUCCAGGACCCAAACGGACAACGGCGUGGACCAGAACCAAGCAGAUGCCGAGUUGGUGCCGUGUUCUCUACACAUAGGGAUCAUUCCUGCAGGGUCCACUGAUUGCAUCUGCUUUGCCACAGUGGGAACCAACGAUCCAGUUACUUCUGCUUUACACAUCAUUGUGGGUGAUUCACAGCCGAUGGACGUGUCUUCAGUUCACCACGAUGACAUCUUUCUCAAAUACUCUGUCUCUUUGCUUGGCUACGGUUUCUAUGGUGAUGUACUGACAGACAGCGAGAGGAAGAGAUGGCUGGGUCCUGCUAGAUAUGACCUGUCAGGGGUAAAAACCUUCCUGAGUCACAACUACUACGAAGGCACCGUCUCUUUCCUCCCCGCCGAGAACAACGUGGGGGACCCCAGGGACACGCUGCAGUGUCUAUCCGGGUGCCGCAUCUGUCAGCACGAGCCCUCGUCAAGAGACUGGGAGAUGUCAGAGGAGAAGGAACAAGCUGAUAAAGAUGGCGGUGGUGGUUGGAGCGUGAUCCGAGGAAAGUUUAUCGCCAUUAAUGCGGCCAGUAUGAGCUGCGCGUGUCCCCGCAGUCCACAGGGCCUGUCGCCCUCCGCCCACCUCGCCGACGGCACCACGGACCUCAUCCUCGUCAGGAAGUGCUCCCGUCUGGACUUCCUCAGACACCUCCUUCGACACACCAACAAAGACGACCAGUUUGACCACUCGUUUGUGGAGGUCCACCGGGUGCGGAGGUUUCGUUUCCAGCCGCGGCACCGUGAGCCGGUUUCACUAGAGGACCUGAGUGAGAGUCCAAAGAAGACGGGCUUCAGUCCCAUAUGCUCUGGCCAAACCACCUGCAACUACAGCACCUCCCACAGCAGCUGGACCUGCGACGGGGAGAUCCUGCCUCACACUGCCAUCCAAGUCAGUGUCCAGUGCCAGUUGAUCAGGCUGUUUGCCCGCGGUAUCGAGGAGCAGCAGCAGCAGCAGCAGUGUGUGUUAGAAGAUCCUUGUACGCUGUGGGCCCUGGAGCCGAGCACACACUAGUCAGUGGACUGAGAGCUGAAUGGGACAUUUAGCUGCUGGAAAACAAAAAAAACAAGUUGCACUUGGCAAGAUUUUUCCUGGAGAAAUACACGCAUCACAUCAGUGUAAAUCCCAAACGCUGGCGUCUCAUCCCUCCUUAGUGUAUUUGCUGAAAUGAGACUUGCAGGAAGUCCUCCCAAUGCACAAGAAAGUGAAAAAAGCUACCAUCAGCAGCCAUUAAAAGGGAAGAAAACUGAAGGAUAAAGAGAAGCAUGAUUUGUUGUUACUGAAGAGAUUCAGUUAUCUCCUCGCUGCCAUUUGGGACUGUUAUGUGCAAAAUUGCUUCAUGCAGCUUUAACUAACCGAAAAUAUGAUAUGACACAGCUGCUAGUGCCAACGCUGCCAUAUUCAAACCUGUUUUUUUAUCUGUACUUUCUGGAAAAAAGGGAAGAUUUGAAGCUCAAGCCGCCAGAUGAAACGGCUGAACUGGACUGAGCUGGACUCAGCCGCGACAAUCGGCGAAAGGUUUUUAACACUGCCAUGAAGGACAACACAAAUAGGAUUUCUCCCUGUGUAGCAAAGAGAGAGACAGCCGAGGAGAUAGUGCUUUGUGAGAGGGAUGAAAAAGAAAGGCUUGUGAAGAGCGCCGAUAAACUGAAAAGACAUAAAAUGCCACCCAAAAUAACGCAUAUUUUUGGGAGGGAAAAAGCAUUUCAUCUGUGACCCAGGUGAAAGCAGAUAUGAGCCAGGGGCACUAAUGAAAAGAGCUGAAUACCCUGCUAAUACACUAACAGGACCCCGGUGGUUUCUGGGUAAUAAGGCAAAGUGGUUGCUAAGUGAUUUGGUGUGUCUCAGCACUGCUGCGGUGCACCUGUGGCUCUGAGCUCUUCUCCUCCCUGGCCAAAAACUACUGACGGUUGAGUCAUCGCCUGGGAUUAGCCAGAAUUAUACAUUGUUAACUUUAUUAAAGAUAAUCUAUUGUGCGGCUCUGAAAUUAGCCUCAUUAGUUCCUUUUUUUGUGAAGCCAGCCCAUCGGAGGAUGCUACUCCUGCAUUGAUAAAACUCUAUGAAACCACAUACACAAUAAUAAGACGUUAAGGUAGGUUGUUUGUUGGGUAUCAGGCCAUUAAAUGUGGAGUAUCAGAGUAAGGCUCAUAGAUUUGGGUCAAUAGGGCCCUGCUACACCCAAUAGUAGGUUUUAUCAUCUAUUCACAUGGUUGAUAUCUGAAAGAAGGACUAAAAGAAUUUAGUUAUUUUAAGCCAAAACACAAUAUUAACUUAAUUAAAGAUAAUCUAUUGUGCUGCUGUGAAAUUAGCCUCAUUAGCUCCUUUUUUGUGAAGCCAGACCAUCGGAGGAUGCUACUCCUGCAUUGAUAAAACUCUAUUAUACCACAUACUCAAUAAUAAUAAGUUAGGGUAAGUUGUUAGUGUAAUAUCAGGCCAUUAAAUGUGCAGUAUCAGUGGUUAUAAGCCCCAGAAAUGUGACUCAGGGUCCCGCCACACCCAAGAGUAGGUUUUUUCAUAGAAAAUUCAAUUAGUCGUUUUUUUUAUAUUCAAGGAUUUAUGAUCCACGAGGAGCAGAAAAAGAAAGUUUUGUCCCCGUUCACUUGUAUGUGUUAACGGGCCAGUCCUGACCUUCCCAAUAUGGCGGCGACGUUGACGUAUGAACCAAAGGCCAAUGCGGCAUCAACGUAUAUAUAUCUAUGGGUUUGUCAUCUAUUCACAUGGUUGACCUCCAAAAGAAGGAAUGAAAGAAGAUGACAGCGACCUCCAGCAACCAUAGUAAUUAUGACAAGUUUCACUUUCACUUUUGAAACGUAGUUAUUUUAAGCCAAAACACAAUGUUUUUCCCUAAACUUAUUUUGUGUAGGUUUUGUUGCCUAAACCUAAACAAGCUUUUUGUUUUGUUUGUGCUCGAAACGUUACAUUUCACUCAGUUUAACAACGUGUUAGAACGUGUUGCUUUUAUGUUUCGCUUUUUACAACGUAGUAGGCCCCUACUGACCCACACCUAUGAUGCUUAUAACGAUUACGCACAUUUAGUGGCCUGAUAACAGUCAAAUCGGGUGGUGUGUGAGUAGGGUUAAGUGUAUUUUCCACAAUCCCUUUAGGGAUGUGCAAUCAUUGGUGUGUGUGUGUGUGUGUGUGUGUGUGUGUGUGUGUGUGUGUGUGUGUGUGUGUGUGUGUGUGUGUGCGUUAAUGUAUUAUGAAUGUGCCAAUGUGAUGAGUUAGCUCUAUCACAAUUAGCCUCAUGACUGCCAUUCUGCAGAUGCUCUCUCACUGCAGC